AUGAGCGCCACCACCUCCACAGUCACAAAAUCACCGCCACCACCAAACAGUCAAACCAACACCACCAUAUCUCACACCAAUCCAUCCACAACCACAGUCGCCACUUCCAUGACCAUCACCACUACCUUACCAUCGCCAACCAACAUCACAACCACCAUCACCCAAAAACCAACAACAAGCAACCACCAAUACGGCAAAUCAUUAACUGCAGAUCGAAAAAGAGAAAGAGAUAACAUAUUAACACCCAAAAACCCCAAAUCCACUCCCCGCGUCGGCACCAAUCACCAUUUGCCAUCAUUCGCACCGGUCGCCCUAUCAGCAGUCCCUGAAUUAGCAGCAGGCGCCACCGCCACAGAGCCCCAACCCACCAUAUCCAACAUCGCCACUGUUGAAAAUCGCGGCGGCACUCACAGCGAUGGAAGAAUUACCACGGCACUCACAUUCGCGGGUCCAAGAGAAGAAGGCGACCGCACUGGAGAGGAGGUUUUACUGGUUGCUGUGGCGACCGGCAAUGAAUUUCGAUCGGAGGCCAUGGAGUUAGAGCAUCCCGAACAGAGAGAGAGAGAGAAGAGAGAAGUGCCUGUUUGGAGCUCCCAACAAUCCAAAGUCAUAUAA